CUACCCAGACAAAGUAUACAAUACCGAAACUACCCUUUGGAUCUCCAAUUCCCCAGUCGCCAUUCUCUAUUUUCCCGCUGCCCCAGAGAGAAACCCUUACCUUACCUCCAUAUAUAUAAAUCUAUACAUACAUACAUACAUACAUACAUUCAUUCUGUACUAUUUCAUUCUUCACACUUUUUCUCUCUCACCGGAAACAAAAGGGCGAAUUUUGUUUUUCUUUUUUCCACUGAUUAAAUUUUUUGAUCUUCCUCUGCUCGCUCUUUCGACGCGUUUAUGCUCAAAUUUGCGUAAUCCACCCUGAAAUUGAUUUAUUAAUUCAGCUUCUCUCUCUCUUGGGAAAUUGGAAGCAGUUUCUACGCCGGUCGGUGAACAAUGAACGCCACCAUCAUUGACCCAUUGCAGGGGGAUUUUCCAGAAGUAAUUGAGGAGUAUUUGGAGCAUGGGAUUGUUAAAUGUGUAGCCUUCAAUCGCCGAGGAACCCUUCUCGCCGCUGGUUGCUCUGAUGGAAGCUGUGUAAUAUGGGAUUUUGAAACCAGAGGUAUCGCCAAAGAACUCGGUGAUAGCAACAAUGUUGCCGCCAUAACUAGUGUUUGCUGGUCAAAGUACGGUCACUGCAUACUUGUAUCUGCUGCAGAUAAAUCAUUGACUCUAUGGGAUGUUGUCAAAGGUGAAAAAAUUGCUCGCUCCACACUGCAACAAACACCACUACAAGCUCGUUUAGAUCCUGGUUCAGCUACACCAUCUAUUUGCUUAGCUUGUCCAUUUUCAUCUGCACCCAUGAUUGUCGAUUUGCAUACAGGAACCACAACAGUUCUUCCUCUGUCAUUAUCCGAUUCGGGAAAUGGUGUUGCCCCUCAACCACGCACCAAAUUUUCUGAUGGGUCUGCUCCAUUUACACCUGCUGCAGCAUGCUUCAACAAUCACGGUGAUUUAGUUUAUGUCGGAAAUUCCAAAGGAGAGAUACUAAUUAUAGAUCAUAAAACUGUUAAGAUAUGUGGCAUUGUUUCUAUUCCUGGGAGUGCCGUGGUCAAGAAUAUCGUUUUCAGCAGGAACGGCCAGUAUCUACUCACAAACUCGAGCGACCGUACUAUCAGAAUCUACGAGAAUCUUUUGCCUUUGAAAGACGCGCUUAAAUCCCUGAAUGCUGCAAACAAUGAGGAAGAUGAGAAAGACGAGGCCGAAAAGUUAAAGGCUGUUGGAUCGAAGUGUCUAGCACUAUUUAGGGAGUUUCAAGAUUCAAUUACAAAGGUGCACUGGAAAGCUCCGUGUUUUAGCGGUGAUGGUGAAUGGGUUGUUGGCGGUGCCGCCAGCAAAGGAGAGCACAAAAUCUACAUAUGGGACAGAGCUGGGCAUCUUGUUAAAAUACUCGAAGGUCCAAAGGAGGCAUUAAUAGAUUUAGCAUGGCAUCCAGUUCACCCUAUUGUGCUUUCUGUUUCGUUGACUGGCUUGGUUUACAUAUGGGCCAAAGAUUAUACUGAGAACUGGAGUGCAUUUGCCCCCGAUUUUAAAGAGCUUGAGGAAAACGAGGAGUAUGUGGAACGUGAAGAUGAAUUUGAUUUAAUUCCCGAAACAGAAAAGGUCAAAGAUUCAGGUAUCAAUGAAGACGAGGAAGUUGAUAUUAUGGAAGUUGAGAAGGAUUCAACUUUCAGCGAUUCGGACGUGUCACAUGAUGAAAUAAGGUUCUUGCCUGCUGAUCCAUGUCCAGAUGUUCCUGAGCAGCAGGAUGACAGGCUUGUUUUAAGUAAUUCACAGCUGGCGGAUGGAAGCCUGUCCCUGUCUCCUCUUUCAGAGGAGGCAGUUCAGAAUGGUCAUUUAUCAAACCAUGAAUCUAGUCCAUUUGAAGAUGACAUGCUCGGAAUGCGAUUAAAGAAAAAGAGGAAGAAUCCAGAGAAGGCAUUGAGUUCUCAAGCGGAUAAUGUUAAGAAGACACCACCGAAAUGAAAACACCAAGUGUAACAUACUCGGCAUUAUGAAGACAAUCCGCACUUGCACAUAUAUGUAACAUUAAUUGAUUUACGAAUGAUGUCAAUUUACAUGUUGUGACUGAAAAAUUGCUGAUACGCAGUCAAAUUGACAUAUUGCCCUUUGCAAGGUAAUAGCGCUUCUUUUUUUUUUAAGGCAAAGAAAGUCAUGUUUCAACUUCAGCUCUGAGAAACAGUGAAAACUGCUGAGUUUAAUUGUUAUUUUAUUAGAUUUGUAACAUUUUUCGGAGAUUAUGUUUGCAUUUUCACUUUUCAAUACUCUUAUGA